AAUGAUUGACGAGGAGCGGUUGAUUGACUUGGUGCGGGACAAUGAAGUCCUGUACAAUAAAACCUACGUGGGCUACAGGUUGCCGGCAAAGAAGUUGGCGGCUUGGGCUGCAAUAUCGCGGGAGCUUAGCGCGACAGAAGAGCAGUGUACCAAGCGCUGGAUUUCACUACGUGAGCGAUAUACCCGCGAAUUGCGGAAGCUUGACGCCCCGUCAGGAAGUGCGCCGGCUUCGCAGCCGACCUGGCACUUCUCAACCAAUAUGGCUUUCCUUAAGCCGUUCACAGCACCAAGACCAAUGAUUGACGAGGAGCGGUUGAUUGACUUGGUGCGGGACAAUGAAGUCCUGUACAAUAAAACCUGCGUGGGCUACAGGUUGCCGGCAAAGAAGUUGGCGGCUUGGGCUGCAAUAUCGCGGGAGCUUGGCGCGACAGAUUUGUGUAAAGAUCCUUAA